AUGGCCGACACUGCAGGCUCGCCGCCGCCUCCCUCGUCGCGCAAGAAGCGGGUUCGAGGCGGGGUCGACACCUCGCUGAUCAUCGAGGAGCCGCGCAAGCGCAAGUACAUGGGCGUCGAGCUCGGCGGCCCCUCGACUCGGCACGGCGGCCGCUCCGGGUCACCCAACCCUGCCACGAUCCCGGCGACCGACCCCGAGGGCUUUGAGCGCGUCAAGGAGCAAGGCACCCAGCUGUACGACCGCUUGGUCGCGCAGACGGACCCGAGCGACCCCGCCCGUCCGCUCUACUACGCCUUCUCCGAGCUGCCGAGCCGCGACGACUAUCCCGACUACUACAAGAUGAUCAAGAAGCCCAUCUCGUUCACUGAGAUCAAGGCCAAGCUCGACGGUCGCCAGUACGCCUGUUUGUCCGACCUGCGCACCGACAUCAACCAGAUCUAUGUCAACGCAAAGCGGUACAACGCGCCCGGGUCCCAGAUCUUCCUCGACGCCAAGAAGCAGCACAAACUGCUCAAGGACACGUACGCCGUCAUGACGGGCGAGGCGCCUCCUCCAGAAGAGCACGACGAGCACGACGAGGCGCCUCAACCUGCGCCGGCGCGAGGUCGGCAGUCGGGCGGCGCUCGAGGUGGAGGGGCCGAGACGGGCGGUGCAACGGCCGGCGGCAAGGCGGCGACGCUUCGACCAUGGCUCAACGGCAAGCUCGACGACGUGAUUGCGCUCGAGGACGCCAACGGCCGCAACUACGCCGAGAACUUCCACGUCCUGCCCGACCGCGGCCUGUGGCCCGAUUACUACCAGCUCAUCGCCGAGCCCAUGGCGUUCGAGACGGUGCGCGCCCGCGUCCAGAAGAACCACUACAAGGCCGUCGAGCCGUUCUACCAGGACGUCAUGACGAUCUUCGAAAACGCCAUGUUCUACAACGAGGAGUCGAGCCGCAUCUGGAAGGACGCCAUGGUGCUCAAGAAGCACUUUGGCAACAUCAUGCAGGAGGAGCCGCCCGAGUACGUGCCGCCCAAGAAGUCGCACAAGCGGCGGCCCGAGCCCGACAUCAGCGUGUCGGGCCCGGCGACGGGCAGCGGCUCUCGCAGCCGGCGCCAGAGCUCGACGUUCCCCGCCGGCGAGGACGGCGUCGGGUCCGAGGCGGGCGGGUACGAGGACGAGGACGCGUCGGAGGAUGAGGCGAGCCGGCACGGUUCGGUCGCGCCCGCCGCUCAGCAGCAGCAGCAGCCUCAGCCGUUCGCGGGCGUCGUCCAGCCCAAGCCGGAGGACAUCCCGAUCGGCGACCCGUACGCCCUGCCCGGUGGCUCGCCCGCACUCGCCGCCGCGCUUGCCCUGCCCGACAACCCGCUCCUCGGCCUCGGGUCGGCGUCCGCCGCGCUCCUCAACUCGCCGUUCCCUGCGCCCGGCCCUGGUGCCGCCUCGCUCGUCUCCCCUUCCUUCAAAACCCUCCUCAACGGCUCGACGUCGCCGAGCAUGCCCCUGAAUGGCCGGUCUCUGCACGCCGCACCGACCGCGCCCGACGCCGCCGCCCCGACUACCUUCCACCCUCGCCUCGUCGCCCGCCUCUCGGCGCCCGACUCAAGCGCGCCCCUCCUGACGCGCUUCGAGGUGCGCUGCGUCCCGAGCGGCGCGGCCUUCACGCUCGACACGGCGCUCCUGCGGCAGCACGCGCUCGCCGUCCCGAGCGACACGCAGCGCGUCGAGAUCACGCCCGUCCUCGCCGGCGCGCCCUCGUCCUCCAGGUCGACUGCAAAGGGCAAAGGGCGCGCAGCGGCGAACGGCGGCGCCGCAGCAGGAGCAGGAGCCGGGCGCAUCGUCGCCGCACGAGCCCGGCCCGCAGCGCUCGUCUCGCUCGUCGAGGACGCUGUCGAGCUCCCGCCCGCCGCUCGAGCCGACGGCAGCGCCGACCUCGACGUCGCGGUCGACGGCGGGUCGAGCCGGUCGGGCCCGAAGCGGUACGCGCUCGUCGAGCCGAGAGCUGGGCUCAGCACGCUCGAGUUUGUCGUUGGGCCGGCCGGGGCGGCGAGCGAGGGCGACGGGCAGGACGACGGGCAGGUGCAGGCGUUGAGGGACGGCGAGGAGGUGUACAGGCUGUUUGUCACGCGGUGAGCGGGCGUGGGUCUGCUCGGACGAGGGCUGGUCGGGCGAAGCGAGGCUCUCUCUCUCUCGUACAGCCAUAGCGCGCGCGCAGAGUUGUUGGACUAGAAAUGCAGUACGGUGUUCUCACUC